GUGGAAACAUGACUUUACUGAUUGUACUUGUGCUGUUGAGUAUAGCAGCUGCGAGCCCCCUGAGCGAAAAGAUAGUUGGGGGUUAUGAGUGCCCAGUCCAUUCACAGCCCUGGCAGGUGUCCAUUAACAUCGGAUAUCACUUCUGUGGCGGCUCCCUCAUAAAUGACCAAUGGAUCGUCUCUGCAGCCCACUGCUGGAUGAAUCCUUUUACCCAGAUCGCCAUCCUAGGUGAACACCACAUCUGGGAGUAUGAGGGGACAGAACAGUACAUGCCGGUCAAUGCCAUUUACUGGCACGAGAAAUAUGACUACAAGACACUGGAUUAUGACAUCAUGCUGAUGAAGCUGGCCCAUCCUGUCACCAUCAAUGAGUUUGUGAGGCCAGUGGCUCUGCCCCAGAGCUGCCCGGUCACAGGGCAAAUGUGCGUGGUGUCCGGCUGGGGGAACAUCUACUCUGACCAGGUAUUUAACCCCUUCAACCUUCAGUGUGUGGAUGUACCCAUCGUGUCCCAGCAAGAGUGUGAGGACUCAUACCCAGGCCAGAUCACCAGCAACAUGCUGUGUGCUGGUUACUUGGAAGGCGGAAAGGAUGCCUGCCAGGGUGACUCUGGUGGCCCUCUUGUGUGCGGUGGUGUGCUGCAGGGCAUCGUGUCGUGGGGAUAUGGCUGUGCUCAGCCUGAUCACCCUGGCGUCUAUACCAAGGUCUGCGCCUUGCUGCCCUGGAUCCAUGAAAUACUCUCCACUUACUCCAGUUAUUGAAAAUUUUGUUUUGGAAAUACUUUUCACUGAUCAAAGUGUCAGUAACCAAC